CUGCAGCAGCGCGCCAAAAUCCACGCCCUUUCGAAACAAACAAAAACCUAGAGGACCAUCUCUGCGUUUUCUACUCGAGUUAUGCUAAUGGUGGACUUCGCCUCGUUCUCUCUCCUCUUCUACCAACCCUAGGAUUCAAGAAUUCUCAAGCAUUACAUCUAAUGGGAAAGAGACUGCGCUCCUCUGUUCAAUCGUCCGCUGAAGAACUUCUCUAUUCCGCGGCCUCUAAGAUCUCCACCAAGCCUGGAAAAGCAGAAAUAAAAAGCAUAAUCUGGAGCAUCGGUCCCUCCUCUUGCCUCGUCUCCUCUCUCCCCGCCGCUCUACACCUCGCUAUCUUGAAUGCCCUAGAAUCCUUAAUGCUAUCCCUCAAAUCUGGCGGCGCUGUGGAUGUCGCUGCCGUCGGAGACAUCAGAUGCUCUACCCCACCCGCGCCGAAGAAAUUUAGACGCUCUGCACGGCUCAAACGAUCCGAUGACCUUGGCUGCGGGGCAACGCCUCCGAGGUCUCGCUCCCAAAUCCUAGAUAUUCAAAAGAAGCUACGAGCUUACACGUGCAUCGCUCACCUUUGCGCUUCCCAUCCGAAGAAGCUCUUCUCUCCGUCCGACUUACUCCCUCUUGUGCAGUUUCUUCAUGACAACCUCGUUCUGUACGAUGACCCUUCCCUUAUGUCUGAAGUCGCUAGUCUGUGUGAAUGGUGGUGGAAGGAUAACUUGCCUGAGAGGGAGUCACUAAUUUCCCAGUCCCUCCCUUUCCUACUAUCAAAAUCUCUAACCCACUGUAAGAAGACUGAUGUCCGUCGGAUUUAUGCUUUUCGCGAGGCAUUUACUUUAUUUGAUUACGAGGAUGAGAGCAUUGAGGACCUGAGACUUUUGCUAGUUCGAUGCGUGAUUAACCCGUUGUACUUGAAGACAAAGGACGGAAGGAGUUUUAUUGCUUUCAUGGUGGGCUUAAACGGCCUUCUGUUGAAGGAGGCUCUUGCAUUAAUUAAAUCUCAAAUUCCUUUUGGGAAAAAGUCAGUGCUCGAGGGCUAUGCUGAUAUAAUUUUUAAGGCUUGGAGGGGAUCAGAACAUUCCGUGACAUUAGAGAUAGAGGAUGGCUUUUUGCAGGACCUCAUUGAAGGUGCUAUACAUGCAAAUACGAAGCAGUUUGCUGCUUCUAUUAGAAAGGUUGUAAACGGGUUUGUUGGUCAGAGGACAACACCAGGUGUUGAGAAGGUUCUGUUCCGUCUGGCUGAGCCCGUGUUAUUCCGAUCACUGCAGGUUGCCAACUCCAAUGUUCGUCAAAAUGCAUUGUUUCUACUCUUAGAUCUGUUUCCACUUGAAGAUCCUGAUGCUACAAAAGAAGAAAAGGAUACCUUACUUGAGAGGCAAUUUUUCCUGUUGCAGAAGUUGCUUACGGAUGACUGCCCUGAGGUUAGAGGAGUGGCAGUUGAAGGUUUAUGUCGUAUUCUCAAUUUAUUUUGGGAAGUUAUUCCUUCUUUAACAAUAACAAAAAUAUUGGGAAAGGUUAUUGAUGACAUGACACGUGAUAUAUGCAAUGAAGUUCGGCUAUCUACUUUAAAUGGAAUCAUAUAUUUGCUUGAGAACCCUCAGAGUCAUGAAAUUAUGAAAGUUCUUCUUCCAAAACUUAAUUUUGUGCUGUCUGAUCCUUCUCUUUCUGUUCGCAUUGCUGCUACUGAUUUGCUUUUAGUGGUUGGACACAUUCGAUCAUUCCAAUUUAAAAAGAUUGUCAGUUUAGAUACUUUAUUUUCUUCCUUAGCCAAUGAUCAUGAGCGUGUUGCUAGAAAAAUAACCAGGCUUCUCAUUCCCUCUUACUUCCCACCAAAUCUGGAUCCAAAGGAGGCAUGCAGCCGUUUUAAUGCACUUAUGAGAAGAUCUCUAGAUGCUGCUGCAAGAUUUUGUGAAUUUGCUUUGUCAGAGGGUUCAUCUUCAAAGUCCCUUAUGGAACUUCUCAGGUCUUCUCUUGGUUUAGUCCUUGCAGAAAAUGAUCUAAGUUCCGAUCAUAUUGAUGGGCUAAUUAUUGCAUCAGCGAAUAUAUGCUCUUGCAUGGCAACUGAGUUGUCUAAUAAGGCUCUUGUCGAAUUAUUGUUGACUGAUAAAAUAAAGAGUUUGUUUAAUGCAGCAACAUCUUCUAGAGCUCAGAUUGCUGUACUAAGCAUUGCUUCGGUAGUUUCUUCAAAUGAUUUACACGGAUUACAUGAACAGUGCCUGUUUUUGGCCCUUGAAUGUAUUGGAUUAUCAGAUGAUCUAGAAAGACAUGGUUUAAUACGAAAAAUUCAUAGGCUUUUUUUCUCUUUUGGUUUUCUCAGUGAACUGAUUGGAAGGCUAAGCAGUAUUUUGCAGAAUAUUGCUUCCAGAUUUCUUGUCAAGUUUGGACUCGAUGUGCCUUCACAGGUUUUGCAGUCUAUUAAAAAGAAAAUCAAAUUACCUGUUAAGAGUUCUCCAAGGUUUGGUGUUCCAAAAGAAUCUAUCAAAACUGACAAGUUCAAAAUUGAGAAAGACUUGUGUCUUGCAGCAGGAAUAGCAUGGACAGAUGUUGAUAUGCGAAAGGUUUUGUUUCAAUAUCCACAUUUUGAAGUUACAUUGCAUUCAUUAACUAUAAUUUCUCAGGUAAGCAUUGAAAUUUGUGUGCGAUGCGAGUCCUUUGACACAUCUCCUAUUGAGGCCCUUGCAACUUUAGCAGUGUACCUUAUUCUUCAAAACGAUGGCUCAGUUAUGAAUGAUGUUCUAGAUAAUGAUGCUGAAGAUAGGUCCUGGUGCAUGAAUUCACAUUUCAAGGGGACAAUAUUGAGUGAUACGCUGAACAAACUGCUCCAUUCUGCUGAGAAAAUAUUUAAUAAAUCAGUAUAUAAGGAAUUUGCGACUCCAACUUCUAAGACCAAGCUCUGUACAAAAAUGUCUCAACUCACCACAUCCAGGCAAAAAAUAGCUGCAACAAGUGCUUCAAAUCGAAUUGAUGGCUGUGAGUUCAAACUUGAUAUGCCAAAAGCAAAAUGCAUAGAAAAUGUCAUUAAAAUGUGCACUUCAAUUCUCAAGUUUAUUGCUGAUACUAAAACCAUGAAUCUAAUUGGUCACAAUGAUGUAUCUUGCUUGAGGUUUGCUUCAGCAUAUGCUCGCUAUGUACUCUCCUCUUUGGGGGGGUAUCGGCGCGAAGUCUUUUCUUUUAAUGAAGAUGAUCUAAAAGAAGCUUUUUAUUGCCUGAAAAGCUCAUUUACCUACGCAGCCAAGUUGCUUCAUCUGGUGCUUAAACGCUCCAAUGAAUUUUCAGCUGUACCGGGAGAGGUAUUCUACCUUUCUAAUGACCUUCUAGAUCUCAUUACUGCCAUAGAACCUUAUUUUGGCAUAAAGCUUGCUCUGCAAAUGUCAUCUGUUGUGAAGCCAUGGCUGCCUGUUCUUAUACUUGGAGUGGGCUGCAACCAACUUAUUAAAUCCAGAAAACAGGAAUGCCAAUCAAAAUUCAUCGUACCCAAUCGACAUCAUUUCCCAACAUGGCUUGCUGUCUUAAGCAAGGCAGAACUUUAUGAAAUCAGCAAGGUCAGUACUGAGGAGGAUGAUGGCCAGAUUUCUGAACCAGAGGGGUCUGUUUUCACAAAUUUAAUUUUGAUGGCGGUAUCUAUGCUAAAGAAAGGAAGCCUUAGAAUAGUGGAUGCAUUUGGCUGUGUUAUGCUGGUAGGUUUGGAUGUUGGGCUAGAUACAAGGGAUUUUGGCUUGCUUCUUGGUCUUGUUCAUUUUAUUUGUGUGAAGUUGUUGGGUGAAGAGUUUACUUCCUGGAAUGAACUUGAACAAAUGACGUUUUAUUUGCAAGAGAUUUAUCCACGGAUUGAAGAUGAGAUUGCAAAUCCCAGUCUAAGUGAAGAUGAAAGAAAAAAGUUGGAGACUGCUAAGACACUGCUUACAUCGCUAUGCUUGAAUAGAGGAUGAAAUUUGGCUUUAGGACUGUGAUUGUCAUUACCAGGGUUCAAUUUGAGAAGUGAAUUGCUUGAAAACUCAAGUUGAUAUUUUGGUUGGCUUUUCCUUUCAUCUUACUAUUGUAAAUCUUGUCUGAUCUCUUACAGGUAUAAUUGGGCAUAAUCUUUCAACAAAACCUGGCUUGAUGUAUAUUAAUUCUAGGCUUAUUUGGGUGUUUUUCAGCAGUUUGUAAAGGUUUGUAAAAGACUGUCUAGUCUAGUUUACGUCAACUGUACUAAAUAAUUUUUGUUAGAUAUUGAGCUAUUUUCACGUUGAUUUUCUGUAUAUAAUGAGUUUUAACAGUCUACAGUUACA